AAUCAAAAUGUGGUGCAAAAGGGACAUGGAAUCUGAUUAGAAAAUCCAAUAGAAUUUUACUCAUUUACUACCAGCGCUGUGCUUACCUUAUUCAUUUAUAAAUCUGGUCUCUGUAGGAAUAUAUUGGAUCGUGCAGAAGUAAUAUAGAAUCGGUGAUUAUUAAAAUCUAAUUAAAAGAGGAAUCUAACAAAUGGCCAAGGAUGCAUCAAAUGGAGAUAACCAUGUUACUAGAAAACCUCCUCCAGAGCCCUCGCCAUUGAGAAAAGCAAAAUUUUUUCAGGCAAACAUGAGAAUUUUGGUUACCGGUGGAGCUGGGUUCAUUGGCUCUCACCUAGUUGACAAACUGAUGGAAAAUGAGAAGAAUGAGGUGAUUGUUGUGGAUAACUACUUCACUGGCUCAAAGGACAACCUAAGCCAAUGGAUUGGUCAUCCGAGAUUUGAACUUAUCCGUCAUGAUGUCACGGAGCCAUUGCUAAUUGAAGUUGAUCAGAUAUACCAUCUUGCUUGUCCUGCUUCCCCAAUUUUUUACAAAUACAAUCCCGUGAAGACAAUAAAAACAAAUGUAAUUGGGACCCUAAACAUGUUGGGACUUGCCAAGCGUGUUGGAGCGAGGAUUUUGCUGACAUCAACAUCAGAGGUUUAUGGUGACCCUCUUGUGCAUCCUCAGGAUGAGAGCUAUUGGGGCAAUGUGAAUCCUAUAGGAGUUAGAAGUUGCUAUGACGAGGGAAAAAGGGUAGCUGAAACUUUGAUGUUUGAUUAUCACAGGCAGCAUGGAAUUGAAAUACGGAUUGCAAGGAUCUUCAACACCUAUGGCCCCCGAAUGAAUAUUGAUGAUGGCCGGGUUGUCAGCAAUUUCAUAGCUCAAGCAAUACGUGAUGAACCUUUGACAGUUCAGUUGCCUGGAACACAAACAAGAAGUUUUUGCUAUGUCUCUGAUAUGGUUGAUGGUCUUAUUCGACUGAUGGAAGGAGAUAACACUGGGCCAAUCAACAUUGGGAAUCCAGGUGAAUUCACAAUGCUUGAGCUUGCUGAGACUGUCAAGGAGACUAUCAAUUCAGAUGUGAAAAUUGUAACUGUGGAAAAUACACCAGACGAUCCUCGCCAGAGAAAGCCUGACAUAACAAAGGCAAAGGAGUUGCUUGGCUGGGAACCAAAAGUCAAGUUGCGUGAAGGGCUUCCCCUCAUGGAGGAGGAUUUCCGCAAGAGGCUUGGAAUAUUGAGGAAGAAUUAAAAGUCGACCGGGUUCAUAUAGCAUGGUUCCUGAAUUUUGGAUCUUUUAUAGAUAUAAUUACAUGCGGCUUUACACAUCUUCAAGUCCUUUGUGGAGUUCUCGAUCAUGCCUGGUUAUUUUCUUUAUUAUACAAUUGGGCAAGUCUUUUCAUAAUGGAAAACUUCAGCUGAUAUUAAUAACAUGUUGGAAGUAAGUUUAUUAUUGAUUUC